AUUGAAGUUAAAGCUCAAAGGAGAUUCCUCUUGGGCAGCAGAGAAGAAUCUGGUUUCUUUCUAGCUUUAGUGUUCUCUUCUUUUGCUUUUUCCCUCGCCAAACUGACUCUUUAUUGUUUCUUGCCUUCCAAGAGGGAUCCCAUUAGGCCACUACAUUUCAUUAUCUUUUGAGUGAGGAAAACUUUCAUGAGAAGAAUAGAGCAGUUUAUUAUUAUGGUUCUUAUCUCUUGAUUUUGCCUAUUCUAGCUUUUAUUGUUUUCUUUGACAGGUUCCUUUUAUCUUCCAGUCCAGUUCUUUGCAAUAUCUUUACUUUCAGCAGAAAUACAUUUGAGCCAGAUUUAGUCUAGCUAGUCUAGUGGUGUAGUUUUUUGGGAAUUGAUACAUCGGGGUUUAAGUGACGUUUUGAGCUCUAAAGUUAAGUUUUUGUGUCAUUGGGUGGUGAGAAAUUUGUUUGUUUUAUUUUUCCCUGGAGAUUUGACUCUUGUAUGUAAAAAAUAUAACAACUUGUUAAAAAAAUUUCCUUCAAGAGAGAAAAGAAGAAAAACAUGGCUGGAAGUGGAGGAGGAGGACAAGGCCCGCUGCCAAAACAAGAGGAGCUGCAGCCACACCCAGUUAAGGAUCAGCUGCCAAGUAUUGCUUAUUGCAUAACUAGUCCUCCACCAUGGCCGGAGGCAAUCUUACUUGGUUUUCAACAUUACCUGGUGAUGCUAGGCACAACUGUGCUCAUACCCACUUAUCUGGUUCCCCAGAUGGGAGGAGGAAAUGAGGAGAAGGCGAAAAUGAUCCAAACACUGCUGUUUGUGGCUGGAUUAAACACAUUGUUUCAGACAUUUUUUGGUACUCGUUUACCAGCAGUGAUUGGAGCCUCUUAUACAUAUGUGCCAACGACCAUUUCAAUCAUCUUGGCUAGUAGAUAUAGUGAUAUUGUGAAUCCUCAGGAGAAAUUCGAGAAGAUAAUGAGAGGAAUUCAGGGUGCCCUUAUUGUUGCCUCAACUCUGCAAAUUGUUAUUGGUUUUAGUGGCCUUUGGCGUAAUGUUGCAAGGUUCUUAAGUCCUCUGGCUGCUGUUUCUUUGGUUGCUUUGUCUGGCUUUGGGCUCUAUGAAUUUGGUUUUCCUGUGGUUGCAAAAUGUGUGGAGAUUGGUUUGCCACAGAUCAUCAUUCUUGUAAUUUUUUCACAGUAUAUACCUCAUAUGGUACAUGGAAAAAGCCAUGUGUUUGAUCGCUUUGCCGUUAUAUUUUCUGUUGCCAUUGUGUGGGUUUAUGCCCACCUGCUCACUGUUGGUGGUGCAUAUAAGAACAGUGGGCCUAAAACACAACUAAGUUGCAGAACAGAUCGUGCUGGAAUUGUAGGUGCUGCUCCAUGGAUAAGAAUUCCAUAUCCUUUUCAAUGGGGAGCCCCCACUUUUGAUGCUGGAGAGUCUUUUGCAAUGAUGGCCACUUCAUUUGUUGCUCUUGUUGAGUCCACUGGUGCCUUCUAUGCUGCAUCGAGGUAUGCAAGUGCCACUCCGCUGCCCCCUUCUAUUCUUAGCCGUGGUGUUGGUUGGCAGGGAGUCGGCAUUCUCUUCUCUGGGAUAUUUGGAACUGGGAAUGGAGCAUCAGUAUCUGUUGAGAAUGCUGGUCUGUUGGCAUUGACAUGUGUUGGCAGUCGAAGGGUUGUUCAGAUAUCGGCAGGAUUUAUGAUCUUCUUCUCCAUUCUUGGAAAAUUUGGAGCUGUUUUUGCUUCAAUUCCUGCUCCAAUUGUUGCAGGUCUCUAUUGCCUGUUGUUCGCUUACGUGGGUUCAGCAGGUCUCAGUUUCCUCCAGUUCUGCAAUUUGAACAGCUUCAACAAGUUUAUUUUAGGUUUCUCCUUUUUUAUGGGCUUAUCAAUACCACAUUACUUCAAUGAGUACACUGCACUCAAUGGUUAUGGUCCAGUCCAUACCGGAGCAAGAUGGUUCAAUGACAUGAUCAACGUCCCUUUUUCAUCCGAACCAUUUGUUGCUGGCUUUUUGGCAAUGUUUCUUGACGUUACACUGCGUGGGAAAGACAAUGCAACUAGAAAGGAUCGCGGCAUGCAUUGGUGGGAUAGGUUCCGGUCAUUCAAGACUGAUACAAGAAGUGAGGAAUUCUAUUCUCUGCCUUUCAAGCUCAACAAGUUCUUCCCAUCGGUGUGAUUUUGGACAUGUAGGUCAAAAGUUGUCUGCAAUGCAUCAUCAUUUUCCCAAAGAGUUACUAUCGCAUAUCUUUUGGUACUGUUGUUAGCCUCAAAACAGUUGACUGGUAUAAAUGAAUACUUCUAUUCUAUCGUUUAACUUGUAGCUAAGAUUAUUUAAGCAUUAAUGAAUGUAGCAUCAAGGCAGUUUAACAUUA